AUGAAUUUUGGUUUUGGAAAAGGGUUGAUUUGUGAAGAGAUUAGUGGUCUGUUUUUGACUGUGAAACAUUUCUUAAAGGUUUCCAAAAUGGGGAAAAUGAUAGCAUAGAGAUAGAGAUAACAACAACACAACACAACACCGCUUUCUCUCUCAUCACAUUCUCUCUCCACCUGUAGCGUAUGCCACUUCACGUACAAAUGUGUACUCACAACCACCAUCCUUGUGUCCUCUUUUCGCACGGAACCUCUCCCUUUCCUCUCAUAUAAUCGGCGUGCUUCCCACCACUUUCACCUCGCACACUCACUAUCCCACUCAGAAUUGGCGCUUCAAAUGGCCAGAAACGAGCCUACCAGCGCGGAGAUUAUGCAGAGCAUCAAGAAAUAUGAGGUUUUGAUGUCUGUUAAGGAGGAGCCGCCCGUAUCUCAUGAAGAAAGUGGCGGCGCAGUGACGGAGGAGGAGCGGCUUCCGAAGCCGCUCGACGGGCUGAAGGAGAAUGGGCCGCCGCCGUUUCUGAGGAAGACAUUUGAGAUGGUGGAUGAUCCCGAAACAGAUUGCAUAAUUUCGUGGAGUCCCACGAAAAAUAGUUUCAUAGUUUGGGACCCUCACCGAUUUUCCACUGAUUUGCUGCCUAGGCACUUCAAGCACAGCAACUUCUCCAGCUUUGUUCGCCAACUUAAUACCUAUAGGUUCAGGAAGAUCGAUUCAGACAGAUGGGAGUUUGCAAACGAAGGGUUUCAGCAGGGUAAGAAGCAUUUGCUGAAGCACAUCACGAGGCGAAAGCAAAACUUCCAAAUAAGUCGGAAACAAUCUUGGGUAGAUUCACCCAAGCACGGGGCGGAGGAAGAGCUCGAGAAUUUGAAAAACAACCAAAACAAGUUGCAAACGGAGGUGUUGAAGCUAAGGCAGCAGCAAGAGAUGACACAGAGUCAUCUGGCAGCUGUUGAGAAGCGUCUUCGUAUAACUGAAACAAAGCAGAAACACAUGACCCUCUUCUUGAUCAAGUUCAUGAAGAAUCCUCAGCUUCUGCAGCGCAUCACUGAGAAGAUGAAGAAGAUAAGGGCACUUGGAAGUGGAGAAGUCUUGAAAAAGAGGAGGCUUGCGGCUCCUGAUCUUGAAGAAGACGACGCCUGCUUGAUGGCAGCAAUGAGAGCCGUUGAUGUUGAUGAUGAUAAGAGGAUCCAAUCAGAUAUUGAGACACUGCUUUGUUGUGAUGAGUCGGGCACGGGCUCCUCUGAGACUACUCAGAGCCGCGAUGAUUUUGUUCUAUGGGAGAAACUGUUGGAAGAUGACAUGAUCUAUGAAGAUGAUAGAGCACAAUGUGAUGUUGUUUCAGAACUGGAGAAUGUGGUGGCGAAGCCCUCGGAGUGUGGGACACAGAUGAGAGGCCUCGUGGAGCUGGUGGGGUGCCUCGCGACGAUUGCCUAGUUGUUCAUCUAACUCAUCUUGUUCAGAGAGAUGGAAUACAAUUAUACAAGGAUUGAAGUAGGAUGAAAUGGCUGUGUAAUUUGGAGUGGAGAAUGGGGUUGCGGUUGCAGUUGCAGUUGUUUAUCAUCUCUUUCUUUCUUGACCAACUUGAGCUUUUCAUCAUUCUUCUUAACUCACCAUCUCCAUCUUAAAUGGGAUUUCUGUAAAUGUGGCAUUUGGUAGGCGAACAUAGUAGAUUUUAUGACUUCUUGGUGUAUGAUGCUUAUGACUUUGUUCUUCUAGUAAUUAUAGUCUACAAUUUCAAUACUA